UCUCCCCUCCUCCCCCGCCUCCCACCUUGCUUGUGUCAAAGAUCCUGAGUGAACCUGAAGAAGUUCAAAAUGCCUGAGAUGGAUUGUUAAUACUGCUUUGCAGGAAAACGGGGAAAAUAGCCACCCCAAGGAAUUCAAAAUUGUUGAAACAGGAUUUGCUGGUGGGGAACGCUGUGGGAAUAAUCAUGCUUCACAGAAGAACAGCACCGAUCUCCAGUUACUCUAAACACAACCUCAUCCGCUAGGGCUCCAGGAAAAAAAAUAAUUAUAGGAAUCGUACUUGUGAAAAAGCAAUGAUUGCUUUGGACGUUGCGCUUUACCAUUCUCCCUGCACUCUCUGAAGUGAAUCUCUUCUCUUUGAAUUUGCACCGCUUCAAGACCCAAGAGUGACACACACAUUUUUAUAGCCAAAUCGGAUUUUUUAAAAUCAUUUCCCUCAUUUGCUCCCCCGACCCCUAUUCUUCUCAUGUGGAUAUGCAAGCAAAAAGAGAAGUCUGGAUAGUCCCAACAUGCUCGCUCCUUUAAUCUGCCCGUCUAGAGGUUCUGCUUCUACAAACCAAGGGAGUGUAAGAGCUGAAGAUGAGGCCCAGGGUGGAGUGUCAUUCUCCAAAGUUUUGGCUGGUACUGGCUGUCCUAGCCACGACGGGUGUGGGGCCCGUGCCCAGAAGAGCCACCCCAGUAUCGGCGUUGCUGUCAUCCUGGUGGGGACCUCAGACGAAGUGGCCAUCAAGGAUGCCCACGAGAAAGAUGACUUCCACCACCUCUCAGUGGUGCCCCGAGUGGAACUGGUGGCCAUGAAUGAGACAGAUCCCAAGAGCAUCAUCACUCGCAUCUGUGACCUCAUGUCAGACCGGAAGGUUCAAGGUGUGGUGUUUGCUGAUGACACAGACCAGGAAGCCAUUGCUCAGAUCCUGGACUUCAUUUCUGCCCAGACUCUCACGCCCAUCCUUGGCAUCCACGGAGGCUCCUCCAUGAUCAUGGCAGACAAGGAUGAGUCAUCCAUGUUCUUCCAGUUUGGCCCAUCAAUAGAACAGCAAGCCUCUGUUAUGCUCAACAUCAUGGAAGAAUACGAUUGGUACAUCUUCUCCAUUGUCACUACCUACUUCCCUGGCUACCAGGACUUCGUCAACAAGAUCCGCAGCACCAUUGAGAACAGCUUCGUGGGCUGGGAGCUGGAGGAGGUCCUCUUGCUGGACAUGUCCCUGGAUGAUGGAGACUCAAAGAUCCAAAACCAGCUCAAGAAGCUCCAGAGCCCUGUUAUACUCCUUUACUGCACCAAGGAAGAGGCCACCUACAUCUUUGAGGUGGCCAACUCUGUGGGUCUGACAGGCUAUGCUUACACAUGGAUCGUUCCCAGCCUGGUGGCAGGGGAUACAGACACAGUGCCAUCUGAGUUCCCCACUGGCCUCAUCUCUGUGUCAUACGAUGAGUGGGACUAUGGCCUUCCUGCCAGGGUAAGGGAUGGGAUAGCCAUAAUCACCACGGCUGCUUCUGACAUGCUGUCUGAACACAGCUUCAUCCCUGAGCCCAAGAGCAGCUGUUACAACACCCAGGAGAAACGAAUCUACCAGUCCAACAUGCUGAACAGGUACCUGAUUAAUGUCACCUUUGAAGGGAGGAAUUUGUCCUUCAGUGAAGACGGCUACCAGAUGCACCCCAAGCUGGUGAUCAUCCUUCUGACCAAGGAGAGGAAAUGGGAGAGGGUGGGGAAAUGGAAAGACAAGAGCCUCCAGAUGAAGUAUUAUGUGUGGCCCCGCUUUGAGCUGUACCCUGAUUCUGAGGAGCGUGAGGAUGACCAUCUGAGUAUUGUGACCCUAGAGGAGGCGCCAUUCGUCAUUGUGGAGAGUGUGGACCCACUAAGUGGCACCUGCAUGAGGAAUACGGUCCCCUGCCAAAAACGCGUCGUGACCGAGAACAAGACGGAUGAGGAGCCUGAUUACGUCAAGAAAUGCUGCAAGGGGUUCUGCAUUGACAUCCUCAAGAAAAUCUCCAAGUCUGUUAAGUUUACCUAUGACCUCUACCUGGUGACCAAUGGCAAGCAUGGGAAGAAGAUCAAUGGGACAUGGAAUGGAAUGAUUGGGGAGGUGGUCACCAAGCGAGCCUACAUGGCAGUGGGAUCCCUCACCAUAAAUGAGGAGCGUUCAGAGGUGGUGGACUUCUCUGUGCCCUUCAUCGAGACAGGAAUUAGUGUCAUGGUAUCACGUAGCAAUGGGACUGUCUCACCUUCUGCCUUCCUGGAACCAUUCAGUGCUGACGUAUGGGUGAUGAUGUUUGUCAUGCUGCUCAUAAUCUCUGCAGUGGCUGUCUUCGUCUUUGAGUACUUCAGCCCUGUGGGUUACAAUCGGUGCCUUGCUGAUGGCAGAGAGCCAGGUGGACCCUCUUUCACCAUUGGCAAAGCUAUCUGGUUGCUGUGGGGUCUGGUGUUUAACAACUCUGUGCCAGUGCAGAAUCCCAAAGGUACCACUAGCAAGAUCAUGGUGUCUGUGUGGGCCUUCUUUGCUGUCAUCUUCCUGGCCAGUUAUACUGCCAACCUGGCUGCCUUCAUGAUCCAAGAGGAGUACGUGGACCAAGUGUCUGGACUGAGCGACAAAAAGUUCCAGAAACCUAACGACUUCUCACCCCCUUUCCGCUUUGGGACGGUUCCCAAUGGCAGCACAGAGAGGAACAUUCGCAACAACUACCCUGAAAUGCAUAGCUACAUGGUGAAGUUCAACCAGAGAGGGGUGGACGAUGCCCUAUUCUCGCUGAAGACUGGGAAAUUGGAUGCAUUCAUUUAUGAUGCAGCAGUGCUAAACUACAUGGCUGGCAGAGAUGAAGGCUGCAAGCUGGUAACGAUUGGUAGUGGGAAGGUUUUUGCCUCCACUGGCUAUGGCAUUGCCAUCCAAAAGGACUCGGGCUGGAAACGUCAGGUAGAUCUUGCCAUUCUACAACUUUUUGGUGAUGGGGAGAUGGAAGAGCUGGAAGCUCUCUGGCUUACUGGAAUUUGUCACAAUGAAAAGAAUGAGGUAAUGAGCAGCCAACUGGACAUAGAUAACAUGGCAGGCGUCUUCUAUAUGCUGGGGGCAGCCAUGGCCCUCAGCCUUAUCACCUUCAUCUGUGAGCAUCUCUUCUACUGGCAAUUCCGCCACUGCUUCAUAGGCGUCUGCUCUGGCAAGCCUGGUAUGGUCUUCUCCAUCAGCAGGGGUAUCUACAGCUGCAUCCAUGGGGUAGCCAUUGAGGACCACCAGUCAGCGAUGAACUCCCCCACAGCCACCAUGAACAACACCCAUUCCAACAUCUUACGCCUGCUCCGCACAGCAAAGAAUAUGGCUAACCUGUCAGGUGUCAAUGGCUCACCGCAGAGUGCCCUGGACUUCAUCCGCCGUGAAUCCUCAGUCUACGAUAUCUCUGAGCACCGCCGCAGCUUCACCCACUCUGACUGCAAGUCUUAUAACAACCCGCCCUGUGAGGAGAACCUCUUUAGUGACUACAUUAGCGAAGUAGAACGGACCUUUGGCAACCUGCAACUGAAGGACAACAAUGUGUAUCAGGACCACUACCACCAUCACCAUCGGCCCCACAGCAUUGGCAGUACCAGCUCCAUUGAUGGACUGUAUGACUGUGACAACCCACCUUUCUCCGCUCAGCCCAGGUCCAUUGGUAAGAAGCCACUGGACAUUGGUUUGCCACCUUCCAAGCAUAGUCAGCUAGGUGACCUCUAUGGCAAGUUCUCCUUCAAGAACGAUCGCUACAGUGGCGGAGGGGGCCAUGAUGACUUGAUCCGCUCAGAUGUCUCUGAUAUUUCCACCCAUACGGUGACCUAUGGCAACAUCGAAGGCAACGCCGCCAAGCGACGGAAACAGCAGUAUAAGGACAGCCUGAAGAAACGUCCAGCUUCAGCCAAAUCACGGCGGGAGUUUGAUGAGAUCGAGCUGGCCUACCGCAGGCGCCUGCCCCGCUCCCCAGACCACAAGCGCUAUUUUAGGGACAAGGAAGGGCUACGGGACUUCUACCUGGACCAGUUCCGGACCAAGGAGAACUCACCGCAUUGGGAGCAUGUGGACCUGACGGAUAUCUACAAAGAGCGGGGAGAUGAGUUCAAGCGCGAUGCUGUAGGGGGCGGAGGGUCCUGCACCAACAGGGCCCACCACAAACAUGGGUCAGCGGACUUUGGAGGAGCCAACGACCACAAGCAUGGUGUUGUGAGUGGAGUGCCAGCACCAUGGGAGAAGAACCUGACCAAUCUAGACUGGGAAGACCGGCCAGGGGCUAAUUUCUGCCGUAGUUGCCCUUCUAAAUUGCACAACUAUACCCCAGCAGUGGUGGGGCAAAACUCCACCCGCCAGCCCUGCAUCCGGUGUGAGGCCUGCAAGAAGGCAGGCAACCUCUAUGACAUCAGCGAGGACAACUCUCUCCAAGAGCUGGACCAGCCAUCUGCCCCGGUGCCAGUGACGACCAGUGCCACCUCCUCCAAGUAUCCUCAGAGCCCAUCUAACUCUGCCUCCAAGGUGCAGAAGAAGAACCGCAACAAGCUCCGCCGGCAGCACUCCUAUGACACCUUCGUGGACCUGCAGAAGGAUGAGUCAGCCCUGGCUCCCCGCAGCGUGAGCCUGAAGGACAAGGGCCGCUUUUUGGAGGGGAGCCCCUAUGCCCAUAUGUUUGACAUGUCAUCCAGUGAGACCGCUUUUGCCAACAACAAGUCCUCAGUGCCCGCCACCAGCCACCACCACCACAACAACCCAGGCAGCAGCGGCUACAUGCUCAGCAAGUCACUUUACCCCGACCGAGUCACACAAAACCCUUUCAUCCCCACUUUUGGGGAUGACCAAUGCUUGCUCCAUGGCAGCAAAUCCUAUUUCUUCAGGCAGCCUGUGGUGGCAGGUGGGCCCAAAGCCAGGCCAGACUUCCGAGCCAUUGUCACCACCAACAAGCCAGUGGUCUCAGCCCUUCACGGGGCUGUGCCAGCCCGUUUUCAGAAGGACAUCUGUAUAGGGAACCAGUCCAACCCCUGUGUGCCUAACAACAAAAACCCCAGGGCUUUCAACGGCUCCAGCAACGGGCAUGUUUAUGAGAAACUCUCCAGUAUUGAGUCUGAUGUCUGAGUGAGGGGAAGUGUGUGGGGAGCAGGGGAGAAUGUGGAGUGUGGGAGGGCAGGAUGGGGUCAGAUCUGGUGCCCAUUUUCUGCUCUCCUGGUUCUUUGUGGAACACUGUUGUUCUGAGUUCUCUCUAGGGCAGCACUGGUAACAAGUGCCACCUCUUUCUUUCCCCACCCCCUUUAUCUCUUUCCAUUUUCCCACUCCCUGUUUCCUCCUCCAUUCCUGGUCAUCCCACCUCUGUUGAUGUAAGAAUUUGGUAUCCUCGCUUAGGGUGUCCCAGGUGGAGAAGAAGGUGCGUGUCUGGGCUGAGGCAGGGGAAGAUGUGUGGGCAGGAACUGUGACCGUAUUGUUUCUUUUUUUUUUAACUCCAAACAGCGAAAGGAUACGCAAGCACAUGUGUGACAGGAGGAGAGAGCAGAAGAGGUGGAAUGGACACAAAGGAAAAUGCUCUAUCAGGCAAUCUUCCUAAAACUGUUUAGAAAAAAUAUUGAAUACAUGGAUAAAAUGAAGGAGACAUAAUGUGGGAUUGACUUGAUGCACUUACAUACUGAUUAUAUUGAGGUUCUCUUUAAUUUUUUUUUCAUGAAGACUAUGGGGGUUUAGGGCUGAAAUAUGUAUUUGCAUAUACACUGAGAGAUUUACACUGAAAUUUGGAAUCAUUUUCUGGAGGCGGGAAGGGUGAUUUGUACACAGGGCUGGCUGGUGGUUCCAUUAUGGUAACGCAGCCAGCACAUCUGUGCCAGACUAACAGGAGAGGUCGGGGAGGCUAUUGGGUCUGGGGUGGGAAAGCAACACUGAAGUCAGGCAGCCUGGGAGAUGACCUUGCCUUCACUAAAACGAGAGAAGCUUGAGGGUGGGAGGUAAGACUUGGCUUGUUCAUUAGCAAUUAACUCAUUGUUAAUUUUGGACAUAAUUAAACCGUGGGAGCAGUUUAUAAGGUGAGUCGGCUUGUAGGUGGGUAUGCACGAUCAUACUAUACUUGAAAAGUCUGUGGGGAAAACACACUGAGUGCGUGUUCAGCUAACAAACCCAGCAGGACAAAGGUUGAGAAGCUGGGGAAAAGACAAAGAGCGUGAGUGUAUGGGAGAGACAGAAGUGGAGAUCUGCCACCCUGCCACUUCAGGAGAUGUCAACCUUGUUUUGGCCAAUGUAAAAGUAGAGGGGCAGGUCAGGAAGGGGCCUGAUCCCUUCUCCGUCCCCUCCCCCUGCGAUGUCACAAAAUGGCACCGGGCUCUCCCUGCUGAUGGUGGUACAGUGUUCUGAGUCUGCCUUUAGGGGAAAAGGAGGUGUGAGGAAAACGUGUGAGCAUGGCAGCAGCCGGGGACUGCUUAAAUGCCCACUUGCAGCACGUACGUGCGCACUUGCUGAAUACAGGCUUACAUUUGCUAUUGAAUGUGCUGUGGAAACACAUGGCUUGUCUUCCAGAGGGCUGCUGGGAAUGACAUAAAUAAAUGACAACACUCACAGCAGCUAUGAUGAGGUCUGAAGACUAGAGGUGGAAGGGUGGGGAGAGAGAGAGAGAGAGAGAGAGAGUGUGUGUG